AUGCUGGGCAAGCACAAGGACGUGGUUACGGACUGUAACCGCGCCAUCGUGUUCGACCCCAUGUACAUCAAGGGUUACGUUCGCAAGGCCAAGGCGCAGCUGGCUCUGGGCGACAAUGACGCCGCUAUGAAGACGUACCAGGCGGGACUCAUGCGCGACCCGAACAACGCCACGCUGCUGAACGAGAAGCGCACGCUCGAGAUGGCGCUGGACAAGCUGCAGCGCGGCAAGGAGCACCUCGCGGCGGGCCGCUACUCGCAGGCGGUGAACGUGCUGGACGGCGCGGCUCAGGUGUGCACGGGCUCCAGUCAGAUCAAGCUGCUGCGCGGCGAGGCGCUGAUCGGCGCCGAGCGCUACGACGAGGCCUUCGCCGUGCUCACGCAGCUCAUGCGCACGGACUCGAGCUCGCCGGAGCUGCUGUUCCUGCGCGCGCGCUGUCUGUACUUCCAGGGCGAGUUCCCGAGCGCCAUCAAGCACCUGCAGCAGGCGCUGCGCUCGGACCCGGACAACAGCAAGUGCAUGAAGGAGAUCAAGCGCAUCCGCCACCUCGAGAGCAGCAAGGAGGACGCCAACAACGCCUUCAAGGCCGGCAAGAUGGCCGAGGCCGUCGAGAUGUACACUUCGUGCCUGACCAUCGACCCGCAGAACAAGGCCUUCAACUCGAAGAUCCACUGCAACCGCGCCAACGCGCUGUCCCGGCUCAACCGCCACGAGGAGGCCAUCAAGGACUGCGACAAGGCCAUCUACUACGACCACGGCUACGCCAAGGCGUACCUGCGCAAGGCGGCGUGUCUGAAGGCGCUCGGAGGCUUGGAGAACCUGGAGCAGGCGCUGCGCGUGUACGACCAGGCGUCCAAGCUCGUGGGUGACGACGCCCAGCGCGACAUCCAGAACAGCAUCCGCCAGACCAAGCUGGACAUCAAGAAGGCCAAGCGCAAGGACUACUACAAGAUCCUCAACGUGUCGCAGAGCGCCACCGAGGCCGAGAUCAAGAAGGCGUACAAGCGGUUGGCGCUCAAGUUCCACCCGGACCGUCACGCCGGCAAGUCGGAGGAGCAGAAGGCCGAGGCCGAGGCGGCCUUCAAGGACAUUGGCGAGGCCUACGCUGUGCUAUCAGACGCGCAGAAGCGGCAGCGCUACGACUCGGGCGUGGAUCUCGAGGACCUCGACAACGACUUUGGCGGAGGUGGCAUGGGCGGCGGCAUGGGCGGCGUCGACCCCUCGCAGAUCUUCCAGAUGUUCUUCGGCGGCGGCGGCGGCAUGGGCGGCAUGGGUGGCAUGGGAGGCAUGGGUGGUAUGGGCGGCAUGGGAGGCAUGGGCGGUCAGCGAUACCACUUUGGCUAG